GGGGAGGGGGGCAGACGGCGCGGAGCGCGGCGGCGGCGACGACGUCCUUGUCGUCUGGAGUCUCGGGGCGCCCGCCGUCGGGGGCCAGGCAGCCGGCUGCAGCUCGGAGGCGCCGCGCCUCGCCCGCCACCCAGCCAUGCUCAACUUCGGCGCUUCUCUCCAGCAGGCGUCGGAGGAGAAAAUGGAAAUAAUGUCUGAAAAGCUGAAGGAGGGCGUGUAUGCCCGGAACAAGACGGAGAAGAGUGACUUUGAAGCCGUGGAAGCCCUCAUGUCUAUGAGCUGCGACUGGAAGGCUGGCUUCAGGAAAUACCUUGAAAACAGGCCUGUCACCCCGGUGUCUGACACCUCCGAGGAGGAGGGCUUGCUUCCUGGGACUCCCGACCUCCACACAAUCCCGGCGUUUUGUUUGACCCCGCCUUACAGCCCCUCUGACUUUGACCACUCUCAAGUGUCAGCUGUGAUGGCCCCAGCGCCACCUACUGGCCUCUUCAAGCCAUUCUCUGAUGCCACCAAGGCUCCAGUUGCGGUGCCUCCCUUCAAAGAGGACAAGGGUCCUGCCCCUCUCCUCCCCAAAGCUCAAGCAACAAGUGUCAUCCGUCACACGGCUGAUGCCCAGCUGUGUAACCACCAGACCUGCCCUGUGAAAGCAGCUAGCGUCCUCCCCUCUCAGGACAAUUCUCUCCCAAGAAGGACCCACCUAAGCACCGAGGCUGCGAGGAAGAGCAUCCCCUGCGCAGCCGUGUCGCCAAACAGAUCCAAAUGCGAGCAGACCGCAGCCGCAGCCCGUGACGAGAAGGCGGGGACGGCACCGUAUGACUUGGCUGUGCCUUCCUCGGAGACGGUCAUCUGCAGGUCUCAGCCAGCUCCUGCGUCCCCGCUGCAGAAGUCAGUGCUGGUCUCUUCACCUACGGUGUCCCCUGGGGGAGUGCCACCCGUGCCUGUAAUCUGCCAGAUGGUUCCCCUUCCUGCAAACAACUCCCUUGUGACCACAGUUGUCCCCAGCACUCCAGCCAGCCAGCCGCCGGCCGUCUGCCCCCCUGUGUUGUUCAUGGGCGCUCAGGUGCCCAAGGGCACCGUGAUGUUCGUCGUGCCCCAGCCCGUGGUGCAGAGCCCCAAAGCUCCGGUGGUAAGCCCCAAUGGCACCAGACUGUCUCCCAUCGCCCCUGCGCCUGGAUUCCCUCCUUCGGCAGCGAGAGUCACUCCCCAGAUCGACUCCUCCAGGGUGAGGAGUCACGUCUGUAGCCACCCGGGAUGUGGCAAGACUUACUUUAAAAGUUCUCACCUGAAGGCCCACGUGAGAACACACACAGGGGAAAAGCCCUUCAGCUGCAGCUGGAAAGACUGUGAAAGGAGGUUUGCCCGCUCUGAUGAACUGUCCAGACACCGGCGAACCCACACGGGCGAGAAGAAAUUCGCCUGUCCCAUGUGCGACCGUCGGUUCAUGAGGAGUGACCAUUUGACCAAGCAUGCCCGGCGCCACCUGUCAGCCAAGAAGCUCCCGAACUGGCAAAUGGAAGUGAGCAAGCUGAAUGACCUGGCCCUACCUCCAACCCCGGCCUCUGCGCAGUGACUGACAGGCCGGCCGGAGGCGAAGAGGAGUCAGAGCUAACCUUGAUCAGUCAGAGCCGGCGAUGGCGUCAGAACGCUUCCGCAGGUCUGUGGCCCUCCAGCGGGGCUAUGCAGAAGCCCCUGGCUGAGGGGAAGGCCAGCCCGGGUUACAUGACAAGUGUUUCGGCCACAGGCAGGCCACGGAAGGGCAGGUUUCGUUCCUUCCACAUAAAGAGAUGAGAUAGCCUUUAUUCCUUGGAUCAUGGUGAAGGUUCCAGAUGAGGUCAGCACAGACUCUGAGUCACAUCCACACUGGGUACCUUGUUUCUGCUGUUUAUACUUGAGACCAGCUCUGCCUGGGAUUCUGUGAAAGCGAUGGUUUUUGAGAAUCUAGAGGCUGGGAAUUCCGGUACAGAGAUGGAGGGAGCUAAAAAAAUGAGUUUGUUCGGCAGGGAUGCCAUCUCCUCCUAGAGCUAUCUUUAUUACUCCUCCUCAUCUUUCCAGUCGGCUUUGGAUGUGGUUAUUAAGUCUACAACUAUCAUUUUUCACUAUUGCUGGUAUUUACAGUUGAACAGCUGUACAUUGUUAAGGGGGGGCCAAAGAACUGGAACCCUCAUUAAUUUAAUUGCUUGGAAGUGCAGCUAAAAAAAUAAAGGGUUUAUUUUUUGGUUUUUUCUUUUUCCUUUUUAUUUUUUUUUUUGCAUUUUUGUUUUGAAAGUUUUGACAACAGCAUUUAGGCAUUUUACUCUACUUUAGACUCAGUUUGCCUGCAGUUUCUUGUGUAGAUUUGAAAAUUGUAUACCAAUGUGUUUUUUGUAGGCUUAAGAUACACUGCACUUUGUUUAGAAAAAAAAAUCUGAAGGUGAAAAUAUGGAUUGUAAAGAGGGGACGUCAGAAGUUUGAGGUAACUCCUGAGAAAGAUGGUUUCAUGUCAUCGGUGAAGGGAGCUCAUGUCAAAGACGCGCCGCGCUUUCAAAAACUAGGAGGUUAAUGACCAUUACAGGUGACAGUUUUUCAGGGUGUGGGAAUAGAUAGGUAGAAAAUUAAUAGAACAUUCACUUCCAACUUGAAAACAAUGUUCACGACACAGUACUUCACCGCAAGGUUUGGGCACCUUGGGAACUCGGAGACAUCACACGUAAUUCACACCCACAGUGGUCUGCAAGCCCUUCCUGAAACAGUGACUUUGGCUAACAGUGUUUCUGUUCCGUUGUAAAGUGGAUAAUACACUUGAUAGUAAAGGUAAAUUAUUCAAAAUACAUAGUGAAAGAUUGUCACUAUACCUUCCCAUUUAAGCUGUUUCUGUACUUUGGGUGUCGGUUUCUGACAUGCAAACUUGAACCGUUGAGAAAGAUUUUUCUUAAAAAAGUUAUAAAGAAUCAUGAGUUCCAAUUUGCACAAUAUUUUUUGUUGUACUUUAUACCUUGUUUACAAUAAAGAAUUUCCUUUGUUAUA